GAAAUUUUUUGAGAAGACCGUUUGCUCCCUAGAUCGCUCGCUCGCUGCAUCGUCGUCCUCGAUUUCCCUUUUUGCGAAUUUGAUCAGUCGCGCCACAAAGAUCCUUCGCCGUCGCCGUCGUCUCUGUUCCGUAGGAGAGAUUAUCAGUUUUCCGUUUCGAUGCUCCAAUCGCCGUUUUCGAGACGCGGUUAAGAUACUGUCGAAGCCUCUCGAAUUUUUCAAAUCGUACAGCUGAGAACCGGCGUUGUUAAAGAAUGCUGCAAUGGAUGGGAGGAUCGAGGCGGAAAGUAGCCGCUUCGCAUACAUCGGUGAAGAAGAGGCAAAAACAAUACUUUGAGCAGAGGAGAAGACAGCAGCAUCAGUUCACAGCUGGGUCUGGGAGCUGUAGUUACGAUAGGAACAGUAGUAAUCAACACCAGUCUUUGGAUAUUCUCAAUUUCAUCAGCCUGUCAACUCCUGCUACUCCUGAAUGCAAACCUUCUCCUCCAGAAGAUGUGAAACAAGUAGUGGAAGAUCGGGAUGCUGGUUUCCACAGUCUGAAGGACAAUAUUACAGGAGUAGGAAGUUCAUUUAACAAUAAAGCAGAAACUAUUCCCUUAAAGAGGAUUUCGCUUAGUCUCCCUGACAACCAGACAAAUGAUUUUAAGAAAGAAAACACAACAGCGGAUCUGAUGGGCGGCACAGAGCGGAAGUUAUCCGUCUUUGAUUUGGUUGGUGAUGAUUACACAACAACCAAUCGGAAAGAAUGUUCUCCAUCUGAGCCUCACAUGGCAUUUUCAGUUGAAGGUUUAGGUAAAAUAAACACGGAAACUCCGCCUAGUUCUCCACAACCAUCAAGCAGAAACUUUGCGUACGGGUGCUCCUCUCCAUGGAAUGAUUCCGGUCAACCUAUAUCAAACGUCAGGGAAAGGCUCAGCGACUUUGAGAAGGAAAGGGACAUUAUUGAAAGUAGCAAAAUGUUCCAAGAUGACAAACGUUAUAGGUCUCCCAUCGACAUACAUGCUACAUAUGGGGGCACAAGUCAAAAACUGCGCACUUCCACUGAUCACUUGCACAAACCAUAUAUCAGCGACUCAAGAGGCUACUUCUGUGACACUGCAGAUUUCAACAAAAGCAGGGUCUUUGAUGAAAACGAGUGGAAUGCUAAACCCACCUUUCCAGAUGACGGGGUGGGCAGAUUUUACUGGAAGGACCAACAGCCACGUCAAGAGGAGAGUUUGAACCUUAAUUUCAACAAUUAUGGAAGGGAUUACACUGGGAGCCGCUCUUCUGCAGAACACCAUGCUACAAAGAAGAGGGAUUACCUGGAAACGACCUGGAGGUCCAACAUCGAAGGUUCACCAGUUCGAAGACCACAGUGUCUAGAAAGGGCCAUCGAUCAUCCGAGUUUUGAAAAGGAAACAACCCUCGCCUUUAACUUUGACAAAGUAUUUGACCCACCGGUUUGGUCAUCCGUUGUACUUGAGGAAGACAAAGACAACCAUAGCUUGCGUAGUGAAGAAUCUUGCUCGUCUAGUGCAGCUUGGGCCAAUGAAACCUCCAUUUCACAUGAGACCAAUACAAGACAGAGGAAAGGGGAAAUUGAUUCUUUUUGCAACCUUGGAAACAAGAAGUAUUUGAAUAAUGGCCUUUCCUAUGAAUCUUGGGAAGACUGGGAUGUGGAUGAUCAACAACUGAAGAGAAAAGUUGGGUCUGGAAAGCAGGUCAGACUAUCAAACCCAGGAAAGUUGAGAUCUACCAGUCAUAGAGACUCCUCUUCCCGUGGUGGUCUCGACGCCCCUUACAAUUGGUUUGCAGAAGGAUUUACAGCUGCAGGCAUAAGCUCAGAUAUUACAACCGAGAGAGACAAACCAUAUCCUUUCCUAAACCCCGUUGUUGGUAGCUCGCACCGGCGUCAAUCUCGAGCCCCUGAUUCUAUUCCGGAAACAUGGGUCCCUAAGUUUUCAACAGAAGGCAGUGGAUAUGGUGAUGAUGAACACAACUACAUGAACUGUGUAUCAGCAAACCAUAAAUCUAAACUAGCAGGAGACGUCUGCAGUUUUGGGAGUGAUACGUUAUCAGAGAACGAUAAUGAACAAAGCAAAGAAGUGAAUGAUCCAAAAAAUCAGGGAGAUGAGACCUCAUCAUCCGUUGCAAAGAGCCUCUCAGACGAAAAUGAGUAUAUGUAACCCGAACAAGGAGGUUGUGAAAGCUCGGCAUCAAGGAGACAGAGGAGGAGAAAAGACAAGUAGAGACUCGCACCAACAAAUGAUAAUGCUGGAAAGACGCACGCUUCAGUUCGUUUGUUUAAACAAGACAUUGCUCCUUGACUCUUUAAAAACUUAGACUUAGGUAAGAAUUUCAUACUAGUAUUCUUGUGUCUUUUAUUUCAAGUUAUCUCGAAAACUGAAAUACGUAAAUAAAAGUUCAUGUUGCUUGGGCAUAAGGGAAUGUGCAAAUUUGGCAUACUUUUAGUCGAGGGGUUACACAGAUGUAAAAAUCAACAAUAUGUUGCCCAUACAGGCGUUUAGUGUUUGCGUUUGCACCUAUUCUUAAAUGCAACUGUAUUUGUUAGUCACAUUACUCGCGUUCUGUCUAUACUAUUUUAAGAUGCUUUUGCUGUGGUCCUGUGGAUAAGCGCAAAUACCAUCACAUAAAAAUGUUUUGACCAAAGUUAGUUAGGGAUGAUUUUGCAGUGUGCGUGAUGUGAAAGUUUAAUCUUUUGUACUUUUACAAGGUUCCAAAUAAGUUACUAUAGAUCUAUAGUAAGAUAUUAAGACAGCCUAUAGGGCUUAAUUAUGACAUCUUUGUUCUCAUAAUGGAUAUUGGUGUUAAUAAAGUUAGUACCUUUUCUUUAAAUAUGUUGCAUACUUUAAUUAUAUGGGGGAUAAUGAGAUUCCUUGAUGUUAGUAUUAUAGAUAAACCGUAUACUUUAAAUAACAAGAGAAAAAUUAAUGUCUAUUUGCAAGCUGGGAACGUGAGCCCCAGUUACAGCUUUAUGUUGUGCAUCAGGCAUUAUUGGAGUUUCUAUCACUUGAUUUUAUUUCUUAGAUGCCGUCCUAAAAUGUCAUUGGAUGUUACUUACAUUAACAAUACCCUAAUAAUAUUUGAUUAUACAUAAACAUUAACAACAAACAAAAAUAUUGUGGUUUGUUUGUUUCUCAUGUGCAAACAUGUCUGGUACGAGAUAACACUUGCUACGUUAGUCAAGAUUAGCGUGAUGACAACUAUGUCAAGAAGAGCUCUCACAUGGCUAACACAUAAAAAUUAGCCUAAUCAUAUCAAACUUGAGAAAUUAGUUCUUUGAUCCUAAUAUCAUAUAUAUGUAAUUUAAACUAAAUUAUCUUUGGAUUUAAUUUUCAUAGGCUUUGCUGGUUUAUUUAUUAUGAAUAUAUAGGUUAUCCGGGUGCUUCCUGUAAUUUCAACAACUUAAUUAAGUGUUAAGUUUCGAGAUUCGAGAUCAUUAUCAGUUGUAAAAUACUAUGGCAAGACACAGAAGUUAAUAAAAUAUUUUGAUCUUUAUAGUUGUUUCAGAUUUAUAAUCAAAUUGUACUUGUGUGAUGUCAAUAUAAUCUAACGUAGUGGUUCGGAGUUCGGACUAUACAAGUCCGUUUCAUGAAUUAGUUGUGAAUGAAAAGAAUUUAAUACAAGGAUAAGGGGAAAGUGUCAAAGUGGCCCUGGGAUGAUUAUCUAUCUCUCCUGCAUGCUAAAAUCAAGAAGAAUUCCAUAUAUUAUUUAUAUAAGAAAAAAUACAUAUGUAAACAUAGAAAAUGGCAAAAGAGUACAUAUUUUGCUGUCACAAAAAAAAUUCCAUAUAAAAUUAACGAGAACAAGAAAAUAAAAUAUAUUUGUCGCGGACACAGCCACUUGUUUCAUCCGAAUUAAUAUUACUCGUUCUGUCGUUCAACAGGAGUCGUGACUCGUGAAUUGGUGCGCGCUACUACGAGGUAGAAUGGGGUGAAAACUGAAAAAUAAACGUCGUAGCAUAAAUAGCUAGUGGAAAGCAGAAGCAACAAAGAUUCCAACAAAAAAAAAACACGUGAUUAAAAAACAUGGUGUCAGUUUAGUGAGAUUUAGAUUUGUUUUUUAUUUAUCAAAAAUUAAAAAAAAACAUCAAAAAAAAUAAUUAAAAAAACAUUUUAC